CCAUAACUCCAUAAAGCAGAAGCUUAAAUCUCACUUCUAGAGAGAGAAAAGAACAGUGAGAAAUGGAGUUUUAGGGAGAGAAACAGAAACUACUGUUGAGUUGAAGAAGCAAAACAACACUGCUCUGAUAUUUUUCUGAGGAAUUAAUCCCAUUCCAAAACGCCGUUAACCGCUCUCUCCUCACUUGCAUGUCACAUUCUCCGCGACUAUAAAUAUCAGGAGACUUGGAGAGUAAGGAACCAAUACGAAUGUCGGCUCGCGUGGCGGACAAUCAGAUAUCGCCGUUUUUCACUUCCAUGGAGCUGAACGACUUCCCACGCCCCGCCAACGGCGCGUCGCCCUCGCUCGGCCAGCUACUGAAGCAUGUUGGUGAUGUACGCAAGGACGUCACAGGUGACGGCGGCGAGACUCCGGCGCACCAUGCACUCGACAUCUCCGACGCCAGCCUUGAGCCUCGCUCCUUGCCGUUCGUUCUCUCAUUCAACAACCUCACUUACAGUGUCAAGAUCCGCCGCAAGUUCAGCUUGUCGGGGAUGUUAUCCGGCUCCAAUAACCUCCUCGGCCCCGCCACGGCUUCCGAUCCCGUAUGCGGUGGAGAUAAUCUUUUCACGAGGACGAAGACGCUGCUCAACGACAUCACGGGAGAAGCGCGCGAGGGAGAGAUUCUCGCGGUUCUUGGCGCGAGCGGGUCCGGUAAAUCCACUUUGAUCGACGCCUUAGCGAAUCGGAUCGCGAAAGGAAGCUUGAAAGGCACCGUCAGCUUAAACGGCGAGGUUCUUGAAUCGCGGCUCCUGAAGGUGAUAUCCGCUUACGUCAUGCAGGACGACCUCCUCUUCCCGAUGCUCACAGUCGAAGAGACGCUCAUGUUCGCCGCCGAGUUCCGCCUCCCGCGCGCGCUCUCGAAAUCCAAGAAGAAGUCCCGCGUCCAGGCGUUGAUCGACCAGCUCGGCCUCCGCAACGCGGCGAAGACGAUCAUUGGAGACGAAGGCCACCGCGGAGUCUCCGGCGGAGAGCGCCGCCGCGUCUCGAUCGGAAUCGACAUCAUCCACGACCCGAUCAUCCUCUUCCUCGAUGAGCCGACCUCCGGCCUCGACUCCACGAGCGCAUUCAUGGUGGUGAAAGUCCUCCAGCGAAUCGCUCAGAGCGGGAGCAUUGUGGUGAUGUCAGUGCACCAGCCUAGUUAUCGGAUCCUCGGCCUACUGGACCGGUUGCUCUUCCUGACCCGGGGCCAAACCGUUUACAGCGGGUCCCCCGCCAACUUACCUUCCUACUUCGCUGAGUUCGGGCACCCCAUACCCGAGUCCGAGAACCGGACCGAGUUUGCGCUCGACAUAAUCCGAGAACUCGAAGGCUCGCCCGGCGGGACCAAAAGCUUGGUGGAGUUCAACAGAACCUGGCUUAACAAGAAACACUCGAACCCCAACGACGCGUCGUACAGAGGAGCAUCCGACGCACGACACGUCGUUCCCCUCCGGGAGGCGAUAAGCGCGAGCAUUUCUCGCGGGAAAUUGGUAUCCGGAGCCACCAACAACAACCCGAGCCCCAACUCGAUGGUCCCCACAUUCGCGAACCCAAUCUGGGUAGAGAUGGCGGUGCUCGCCAACCGUUCGAUGAAAAACGCAAGAAGAUUGCCGGAGCUCUUCGGCAUCCGCCUCGGCGCCGUCAUGGUCACCGGAUUCAUCCUCGCCACCAUGUUCUGGAACCUCGAUAACACCCCCAAAGGCGUCCAGGAGCGCCUCGGAUUCAUCGCAUUUGCCAUGUCCACCACCUUCUACACCUGCGCCGACGCUCUCCCCGUCUUCCUCCAGGAACGCUACAUAUUCAUGCGCGAAACGGCCUAUAACGCCUACCGCCGAUCCUCCUACGUCCUGUCGCAUUCUCUAGUGGCGCUUCCGUCGCUGGUUAUUCUCUCGGCGGCGUUCUCAACGACGACGUUUUGGGCGGUGGGGCUCGACGGCGGACUGUCCGGCUUCUUAUUCUACUUUCUGAUAAUAUUCGCGUCGUUCUGGGCGGGGAGUUCCUUCGUCACGUUUCUGUCGGGGGUGGUCCCACACGUGAUGCUCGGGUACACGAUCGUAGUCGCAAUACUGGCCUACUUCCUCCUCUUCAGCGGCUUCUUCAUCACUCGCGAUAGAAUCCCGGCCUACUGGAUUUGGUUCCACUACUUGUCUUUAGUGAAGUAUCCCUACGAGGGGGUGUUGCAGAACGAGUUCCAGGACCCCACAAAGUGUUUCGUUCGUGGGGUCCAGAUCUUCGACAACACCCCGCUGGGGACGGUGCCGGGGGCGAUGAAGCUGAAGCUGCUGGAGAGCAUGAGCAAGACGCUGGGGGUGCGGAUCACGACUUCCACGUGUCUGACGACGGGGGCGGAUAUUUUGGAGCAGCAGGGGGUGACGGAUUUGAGCAAGUGGAACUGCCUCUGGAUCACGGUGGCUUGGGGGUUUCUGUUUAGGAUUCUGUUUUACUUUGCCUUGUUGCUUGGCAGCAAGAACAAGAGGCGGUAAAAAAAA